AUGAUGGAGGGCAGCAUGCAAGAGGCUACCUUAGCGGAGCCUGAGCAAACAGUGUGUGAAUUUGAGGGCACUAGAAGACCAGUUUUUGCGGAAGAGCUGCCUCCUGCUGAUGAAGAGAUGCUCGAGAAGGAGCUAUCCGAGUUGGACACCCUUGGUCUUGGAUUAAAGGAAGGGGGCGAUGCUGCAGGACUGCUUGAGGCAGCUUGUCUGCCAUCCGGCGACGAGAUGACGUUGAGGGAGGGAUAUAUGCCAACAAGCCCAGUCUACUCCAGCAUAGACUUGCCCGAGGAAGAUGAAGUUCGGGCACCCAACAAGAAGCGGCCGCACGCUGUAGCUUCUGGUGACGCCGUUCCUGAGCCCGAGGAGCAACGAAGCACAUCAAGAGGGCAGCGCCGCAUCAAACUGUCUUUACAGCCGCAACCACCGACGUGCGAUACCCUUCUAAGCCCCAUGCCGGUCGAUGAGCCAGCGGCAGCGGGAACGGAACAGAGCUGCCCUACUUUUCCUGGCCAGCCCCCGGAGGUCAACGACCGGCCUCGAGCAACCAGUUUUGGUGCAUCUCAGCUUGCGCCCGCGUUCCAUACCAAAGAGAUGCCUGCAGAAAGGUGGUGGCAGGAAGGGACACGCUAA